AUUUGCUGUUUUUGUGCUAUGCCAGGCGUAGUACGCCUAUGGUAGGAUCUAUCUCAAGCAUGGUAAACUACAGGCAUGCGUAUUCGGAAUAUCAUUUAUAUAAGUUUAUUCGGUAUCACAAGGUGACCUCUGAUUGAAGAAAAUAAGUUAAAUCACUCAAAUACUCCAGUAGUCUAAGUGCCGGCUUAAUAGCAGGUGCGAGGUCUCGUAAAAUUUUCACAUUUUACAUUUGUCAGUACCGGUAAUAACAAAUAUUUACAGAAUGUCUACACCUCAAUCAGAUACAGAGAGAAGAAAACAAAUCAGUGUUAGAGGCAUUGCAGAACUAGAUGAUGUGAACGAAAUAAAAAAAACAUUCAAUAGACAUCUGCAUUAUACUCUCGUUAAAGAUAGGAAUGUUGCUACAUCUAGAGAUUACUAUUUUGCUUUGGCUUACACUGUUAAGGACCACUUAGUAUCUAGGUGGAUAAGAACUCAACAAUACUAUUAUGAAAAAGAUCCCAAGAGAGUAUAUUACCUUUCUCUUGAAUUCUACAUGGGUAGAUCCUUACAAAAUACAAUGAUUAAUUUGGGAAUACAGACACCUGUGGAUGAAGCCCUCUAUCAGUUGGGUUUAGAUAUAGAAGAACUGGAAGAUAUUGAAGAAGAUGCUGGUUUGGGAAAUGGAGGUUUGGGUCGUCUGGCUGCAUGCUUUUUAGAUUCCAUGGCAACUUUGGGAAUGGCAGCUUAUGGUUAUGGUAUCAGAUACGAAUAUGGUAUUUUCGCACAAAAGAUUAUCAAUGGCGAACAACAAGAAGAACCAGACGAUUGGUUGAGAUAUGGAAAUCCUUGGGAAAAAGCAAGACCCGAAUAUAUGCUACCUGUAAACUUUUAUGGACAUGUUAUUGACACUAAUGAGGGUAAAAAAUGGGUUAAUACACAAGUAGUUUUUGCCCUACCCUAUGAUAAUCCCAUACCCGGUUAUAAAAAUAACGUGGUUAAUACUUUGAGAUUGUGGUCUGCAAAAUCACCAGUGGAUUUCAACUUGAAAUUCUUCAAUGAUGGUGAUUAUAUUCAAGCUGUGCUCGAUAGGAAUCUCGCAGAAAAUAUAUCCAGAGUUUUAUAUCCCAACGAUAAUUCAUUUGAAGGAAAAGAACUUAGAUUGAAACAAGAAUACUUCAUGGUCGCUGCUACCUUACAAGAUAUUAUCAGAAGAUUCAAAGCUGCCAAAUUUGGUACUCGCGAAGCUACAAGAACUAAUUUUGAUUUGUUACCUUCCAAAGUAGCCAUACAACUGAAUGAUACCCAUCCAUCCUUGGCCAUACCUGAAUUAAUGAGAAUAUUGGUUGAUAUUGAAGGACUCCCAUGGGAAAAAGCUUGGGACAUAACUGUCAAGACAUGUGCAUACACCAACCAUACCGUUCUUCCCGAAGCUCUCGAAAGAUGGCCAACUUCUUUGUUAGAAAGUAUUCUUCCUAGACAUUUGCAGAUCAUUUAUCACAUAAAUUUCUUGCAUUUACAACAAGUCGAAAAACGCUGGCCCAACGAUUUGGACAGGAUGAGACGUAUGUCUUUGAUUGAAGAAGAAGGCGGUAAGAGAGUUAAUAUGGCACAUCUUUCUAUAGUUGGUUCACAUGCUGUUAACGGCGUUGCCAGAAUUCAUUCAGAAAUUAUUAAAGCUGAUUUAUUCAAAGACUUCUAUGAAUUAACUCCAGAAAAGUUUCAGAACAAAACCAACGGUAUUACGCCGAGGAGAUGGCUGCUACUCUGCAAUCCUGGAUUGAGCGAUUUGAUUUCAGACAAAAUAGGAGAAGAAUGGACUGUUAAACUCGAUCAAUUGAAGCAAUUGAAAAAGUGGGCUAAAGAUCCAAACUUCCAAAGGGCAGUUAUGAAAGUUAAACAAGAAAACAAAUUGAGAUUCGCCCAACUUCUAGAAAAAGAUUACGGCGUCAAAAUAAAUCCUUCGUCCAUGUUUGAUAUUCAAGUUAAAAGAAUCCACGAAUACAAGAGACAACUUCUCAACUGUCUCCAUAUCAUCACUCUUUAUAAUAGAAUAAAGAAGAACCCUUCAGCAAAGAUUACUCCAAGAACUAUCAUGAUUGGAGGUAAAGCUGCUCCCGGUUACUAUACAGCCAAGAAGAUUAUUAAACUUAUCAAUAUGGUGGGAAACGUCGUUAAUAAUGAUCCUAUAGUCGGAGAUAAACUCAAAGUCAUAUACUUGGAAAACUAUAGAGUCACUUUGGCUGAAAAAAUCAUGCCAGCUGCAGAUUUGAGUGAACAAAUUUCUACAGCCGGUACUGAAGCUUCAGGAACAGGUAACAUGAAAUUUCAACUUAAUGGCGCCCUAACUAUCGGUACACUUGACGGUGCCAACGUCGAAAUGGCCGAAGAAAUGGGUAAUGAAAAUAUUUUCAUCUUUGGUAUGACGGUAGACGAAGUGGAAGCCCUUAAGAAGAGAGGUUAUAACGCUAUGGAGUACUACAAUAAUAAUCCCGAAUUAAAACAAGCUGUGGAUCAAAUUCAAAAUGGAUUUUUCAGCCCCGGAAAUCCGGAUGAGUUCAAAGAUUUGGCUGAUAUUUUACUCAAGUACGACAGGUUCUUCCUGCUCGCUGAUUAUGAAGCUUACAUCAAAAAACAAGAUGAAGUCAGUGCUGUGUAUCAGAAUCAGUCUAAAUGGUUGGAAAUGGCGAUAAAUAACAUUGCAAGUUCUGGAAAAUUCUCCAGUGAUCGCACAAUCAUCGAAUAUGGUAAAGACAUAUGGGGAGUAUCACCCAGUUACGAAAAAUUACCCGAUCCGUCUAUUCCGAGAGAACUAGCUUUAAAAGAUAAUUAAAUAUCUUCUUUUUAUAUAGAUUCUCGUCAUUAUACGACUUUUGUAAAGUUGUAUCGCUUAGUAUCAAUAUUAGGAGUUAAGUAUUCUUCAAUAUGUAGUAUAAAUAUUGUUGAUUCCUUGAAAUAUUUUACUUGCAUAAAAAAUAUGUACGUUUAGUGAUAGAAGUACAACAUUUUAAUUCAAGUACCAAUAAGUCUUUUAAAUUGGGGAUGUUUAUAAAUUUCUUCCACCUAAUUUUUAACUUUAUUAGUUUAUUGAACCAGAACAAGAUAUUUUUUUGUUAUAAUCGACAGAAUUAUCAAAUAGCACAAUUAUUAUGAAUGAAAAUCAGAACAAAAUCACCAAUAAAAUCACCGGCCAUAAACUAAUCGAUUUGUGAUCAUAAAUUUACAUCAGAAAGUAUUACUUACAGUUGUCGCAGAGUUGCAUUUUUUUUUCAAACUCCAGUUUAUGGCAUGUAGGGAGGAUUUCCAGUGAAAACCUCCCUUUUGGAAACUUCUAAAUAAUGUAAACAUUUAUACAAAAACGUUUAGAAUCGAUCGGUUUGAAAACUUUGAAAAAGGUUUGGGCACACUUAAGUCUUUCUUCAUAUUUAUUGCUGUAUUUGCUAAUUUCUUCUUUGAUGCUGAGAACUUUCAAGUCUCUCUCUCCAUUAUUCUGUUAGGGAUGUACCAUAGAACGGCUCUCUAACAAUAAGAGGAACUUUAUAUGGAGUAAUCAAUUUGAAUUCUAAUAUUUUCGAUAUAGUAUACUCAAAAUUAAUAGUUGUAUCAAAAUCUGUUAUAGGACAUAUUUAUAUCCUAUUUUUACAUUGAAAACUAUAAUUUAAAAACCAUUACAAAGGUGGUGUAGAUUUUUAUAAAUAGUAAAAAUGUACUUUGUAAAAAGAAAAUUUAAAAAAGUCCUUUUCGCUUUACUAAAUUGUCCGAUAGACCCGAAUAAUUUUUUUAAAAUCUCGAUUUGAUCAGACUGUAGGUAGUAGAAAUUAAUAUCUUAUUUCGAGUGCCAUUAGUAAACAUUUAAUUAGUAAUAAAAGCAAGUGAUAAUUAUUUUAGACUGCCAGAUUUUGUUGAAAAAGUAUAAAUAUUAUUUUAACAUUGAACCUGAACCAUCAUGAACAAAUUGUUGUUAAAGAGCACUAAAACCUGAAAUAUUUUUAUAUUGUUUACAAAGAAGUUUUAAAUAUACAUGUGGCAUGUUUCUGAAUAGUUUAUUUUUCUUGUUAAGAUUAUUAAUAAAUAUAUAUGUAUCUAUUAAAA